ACGACGGCGACGACAGCGGCCAAGGGGGCGGUGGCUACGAGGGGAGUGCUGAGCAGGCGGAAGAGGAGUCUGUGCGGGCGGCUAGGUCGCAGAGGAACAUCGUUGGGGUCAGUGACUAUCAUCUGUUCUACAAGAUGAGCAACAGCCACCCUCUUCGCCCCUUUACUGCAGUGGGGGAAAUUGAUCAUGUGCACAUUUUGUCUGAACAUAUCGGUGCCUUGUUAAUUGGGGAAGAGUAUGGCGAUGUCACAUUUGUUGUGGAAAAGAAACGAUUUCCUGCCCACAGGGUAAUUUUAGCAGCAAGGUGCCAAUAUUUUCGAGCAUUACUGUAUGGUGGAAUGCGAGAAUCUCAGCCGGAAGCAGAGAUCCCCCUUGAAGACACCACGGCAGAAGCAUUCACAAUGCUACUUAAGUACAUCUAUACUGGGCGGGCAACACUGACAGAUGAGAAGGAGGAGGUGCUGUUAGACUUUUUGAGCCUGGCUCAUAAAUAUGGAUUUCCAGAGCUGGAGGAUUCUACCUCUGAAUAUCUCUGCACCAUUCUUAACAUUCAGAAUGUCUGUAUGACUUUUGAUGUUGCCAGCCUCUACUCACUCCCCAAGUUAACUUGUAUGUGCUGCCUGUUUAUGGACAGAAAUGCUCAGGAGGUUCUCUCAAGUGAAGGUUUCCUCUCCCUUUCUAAGACAGCCCUUUUAAACAUCGUAUUAAGAGAUUCAUUUGCAGCUCCCGAAAAAGAUAUUUUCCUAGCCUUGUUGAACUGGUGUAAGCAUAAUUCCAAGGAGAAUCAUGCUGAAAUCAUGCAGGCUGUGCGCUUACCUCUGAUGAGUCUCACCGAGCUUCUGAAUGUUGUGAGGCCUUCGGGAUUGUUGUCUCCUGAUGCCAUCCUGGAUGCUAUUAAGGUUCGAUCAGAGAGCCGGGAUAUGGACUUAAAUUAUAGAGGCAUGCUCAUACCAGAAGAAAACAUUGCAACAAUGAAAUAUGGAGCCCAGGUCGUUAAAGGGGAGCUGAAAUCUGCCUUAUUAGAUGGUGAUACUCAAAAUUAUGAUUUGGAUCAUGGAUUUUCUAGGCACCCAAUUGAUGAUGACUGUCGUUCUGGCAUUGAGAUUAAGCUCGGUCAGCCAUCCAUCAUCAAUCACAUCCGCAUCCUCCUGUGGGACCGGGAUAGCCGGUCUUACUCAUACUUCAUUGAGGUGUCAAUGGAUGAACUUGAUUGGAUCAGAGUGAUUGAUCAUUCGCAAUACCUGUGUCGUUCUUGGCAAAAAUUAUAUUUUCCAGCCCGCGUCUGCAGGUAUAUUCGAAUAGUUGGAACUCACAACACAGUGAACAAGAUUUUUCACAUUGUAGCUUUUGAAUGCAUGUUUACAAACAAAACCUUCACUCUCGAGAAGGGGCUGAUAGUUCCCAUGGAGAAUGUUGCAACAAUUGCUGAUUGUGCCAGUGUGAUUGAAGGAGUCAGUCGAAGCCGAAAUGCCUUGCUGAAUGGAGACACCAAGAAUUAUGAUUGGGAUUCUGGUUACACAUGUCAUCAGCUAGGAAGUGGCGCAAUUGUGGUUCAACUGGCACAGCCAUACAUGAUUGGGUCAAUACGGUUAUUGCUUUGGGACUGUGAUGAUCGAAGCUAUAGUUACUACAUUGAGGUUUCCACCAACCAGCAGCAGUGGACCAUGGUAGCUGACAGAACUAAAGUCUCCUGCAAGUCCUGGCAAUCAGUAACUUUUGAAAGACAGCCUGCCUCCUUCAUCCGAAUCGUUGGAACACACAACACUGCAAAUGAGGUGUUCCACUGCGUGCACUUCGAGUGUCCGGAGCAGCAGAGCAGCCAGAAGGAGGAAAACGCCGAGGAAGUGGGGACCGGGGACCCGAGUCCGGCGAGUCAGCAGUUCGAGCCCCACGCGCUGCAGACCCCCAGCGGAAGCUCCCUGCCCCCCAGCCCAGGCCCCGCCUCCCGCUCCCGCUCCCCCAACCGGCAGCACCAAUAAAGGACGCCAAGGUGCGGUGACGCGGGUGGGCCCAGGAGGCGGCCAGAUCGGGGUCCUCCCCCCCCACCCCCCCAGCUGGGAACUGACUGCCCUUCCCCCACUUCCAGGGAGGAGCAGACCCGGCGCAAAAUAUGGACACAGCACAGGUUUUCUCCCAAGGACAGAAAGGGGCUGCUCUGUUCUCCUCAAUUUGUUCAAAUCAUGCUGGUCUCUAGGGGAGAAAAUGGGUCUUCAAUCUUCAUCAAGCCCACCAUUAACACCCUACCUCUCUAAUCUCAGCCAGGCUACGGGAACAGAAGGAAGUAAUAGACAGGCCCGUGUCGGAAUACAAAACUGGCUUAUGAACACUGGAAGGAGAGAAUACAUUAGGGCUUCAUUACCUGAGGCUCCCUUUAGGAAAUGGGUUCUGUAGAGUGUUUACUUCCGCGGAGCACAUUGCCCUGGCAACUAAAUGAUUUUUUAUUUCUUUAGUUAUUCUCCAUUUGCUGACUCAUAGGUGUUCCCAAGCUUUUUGAAAUGCUCGAACAGCAAAUCACUUGUUUUAAUCCCUUUAGACGCAGUAAUUUUCCUUCCCGGGCUUUGACGGUGAAGCUCGGGGUUCGCGGGGGAAAUGGCGCGAAUGAGGCGCAGAUGCAGGCGCAGAUGCAGCCGCCCUGCACCCGGCUGCCCGGGAAGCUGCUCCAGGAAGUUCAGGCAGAUGAACAACGAGCAGAUCAACCCGCGGACACUGAAGUUGCUAAUCUCGCGAGUCGCUGGGUUAUUAAGCUGUCAUUCCUGAAGCGUCCCCGGUCUUUGAGCUUGGGAGGCCGACACGGAAAUGGACGAGUGGGGUCCUCCCCGCUGCUGGGUUGCGGGGUGUCUGGGGCGCUGCAGGGGGCGCUGGGCGCCAGACAUGGCGGGGUCGGCAGCACUGUGGGGUCGCAUUUCCCCCGGACCACGCUUCACAGUGGGACUGGGAAAAGGCGGUUUCGGGAGCUUUUCUGCUAAUCCUCAUCAGAGCUCGCAUCCAACUGCUGUAGCUCCAUUUGGCUCGGUGGAGCCUCUUGCGCAGUCAUUUCCACUCCAGUGCUCGGCAGCGUUGUGACUGGAUCAGAUGAUUGUCUGGAUUCGCUUCUCUCCAGAGUUCUCCCAGGGCUGCUGUUGCAGGCUGGGCCCGGCCAGGCGGCAUGGUGGGCCUUCUGCCCCCGUCUGGCUUCAGGCUUGGCUUUCUAGGGAGCUCCUUUCUGGUGUCUCGCAGACAUUGGUUGUGGGUGUUGGAGGAACAAGUGGAUCAAUAACUGCAUUCUAGUUUAGCUCAGCCUUGAGUGGUUCGUCAGUAUUGGGAUGGCAGAGCAGCGUCAAGCUACAGGAUCUACGGGGAAGAUUGUCCCUCUGUCGGAACCCACUUCUGGAAGGAGCAGUCUCUGUACCUGCUCGGCUGUCUGCUCUUGUGUGGGGUGAGAGGAACCCCUGAGGAGUGCUGACAUUUCCUGAGGGAGCAAGGCUCCUGUAACAAAUGGCAGGGCAGCCCAUGCAGGUGGGUGGCCACCUGGUCAGCACCCUGCCCCAGGCGCCAAUUAGUAGGAGAAUUCCCACCCACUCAGCACUUCCCUCAGCGGUCCCCUCCUGUCCAGGGGCACAGGCCGGCCAGCUGAGUCGGAGCAAGGGUGCGGCGCAGUGUUCUGAAAGUUCCUUGCAUUCGAGGGCUUCUUUCCAAACACUAAACUCCCCCGUCCAGGUUGCUCGGCUGACCUGGGGAAAUGCAGGUGAGCCGGCAAAGCACCUGGAGGAGCUGGCCCAACCCUGGUUUGGCGGCUUCACUCACCUGAUGAGGCACAAGCAAGCGGCCUGGUUGCCUGCAUCUGUAUUCUCCUUCCGCCCCUGAAUUGCUUUUGGUGUUUACACCCCUUUUCCUCUAGCACUUCGGGUGCUCCUUAUUAUCAGUGAAGGGGGAGGGGCGGAUGGGUCAGGGCCAACAGCACACUCAGCAGUGAGGGCUGAGGGUGGCUCGCCCCCCACCGCCCGCCCCAGCCUCUGCAGCCCCCAGUUGUCCUGUCCGGAGGCCUUGCCUGCGUGGAAGUGCCUGUGGGCCCGGCAGACGGGGUUGCAGCUGCAGCGUCUGUCCGUUCUGCCUCCUGGGUACCAGGUCAGGGGCUCUACCUUGUCGAUCGGCCUUCUGAUCUGGGGAGCCGGCCGGGUCUGUGGAGGGGCCGUGAUAUAUGCCUGGUCUGUGAUGUGCGCCUGUCGGGUACAUCACUCCAGACACAACCCCCUUGAGUUGUGAUCUCCAGGGAAGGAGGAGGAUGAGUGGGCAGCCUAGGAAAAGCCCCAGGCAGCCUGGCGUUCUCCAGAGCCCUGGUGGGGCCUGCCAGGGACUUCUCCCCUGGGGCAGCUGGCACAGAAAGGCCAAAAGCUUGGACACCAGUGGAGCUAAAUGGAUUGCGGAGGAUACAACCCGGAGGCAGUGAAAGGGUCCCCAGAUGCCUUUGCAGGCCUCAGCUGGCAGACGGUGGAGAGGGUCACUUUCACUGGCAUGCAGAACAGGAGCCUUGGCCUAUCUAUGGGGGUACAGGGGCAGAGGCAGAUGUGGGCCUCCAGUUCCCCCGCCCCUCUGAAAACUCAACCCAGGGUAUCGGGUUUGAGGACUGGUCAAUAAGGAGACGUCACCAGAGAUGGACAGAGAGGUGCUUGUGGCCUCUGGCCCUUCACUAUAGUACUUGUGGGUUUUAAUUGUGGGCCAUGUUCCUAGCCACCACCCAGGCCAAGAGCCCUUCAUUUUAGAUCAGGUUUGUUUGAGAGAGUAAAAGAGCAAACUCCUCGGGGCUUUAGGGGAAAGCCUUCCAGGUCGCUUUCUGGCAGCCUGGGGGUACACUGAGCAGGUGGGGGCGAGCGUGCCCAGUGGGGAGGCAGGGUUGCUGUGGGCACUUUGCACCUGAAGCAGGUGCACUGGUGUGCCACACACAGGCCCACAGCUACCACACAUGUACUUGUCUCCCACAUUUUUAGUUGGUACCUCGAGCCCAUAUCCCUUGAGCCCAGGGUACCUCCAUGGUAGAUAAGGGGCUCUUCUCAGCUGCUCUUGAAAUGUGUCACUUUUUUUUAAUCAAAUUAAACGAAGUGUCGAUUCCUGACAAAUACAUUAAAAGUGUUUUAUUCCUCGAAGAGUUGGGAAAAGGAAUUAUUUUCAGCAAGAGUGGGAUGUGUUUGUUAGACCGAUUCCUUGGCAAAAAAAAAAAAAAAGAUGAGUUUCUGAAUUGUGCAAAAAAUUGCUCAGUAGUUAUGCUGUCGCCACAGUUGUCAAACUGCUGUGCACACAGCUCCAACAGAGUCAACUCUGCCUUUUUUUUUUUAAUUUAGAAGAUAACAAAAUUGUAAUCACUUAUCCUCUCUGGAGCCAUGGAGGGAAGGAAGGUACAAUCUGCGCUGAAAAGCCGGGUCCCCUGUGCGGCGAGGCCGCUUGGUAAUAAACAAGGCGCCUGUGGGUGAAGAGCUUCCCCUUGGACAAAGGAGGUGUCGAGGAGGAAACAACUAAAUCGCGCGUCUUUCCGGAGUUUAUCCUCAUUAGUGUUUGCUUGCGGUGUGGCCAUUUUAACCCUGCCUUCCGCGUGGGUGGCGGGCGCCCCUGGGUGCGGGGCAGGCCUGGCGCGCGCUCGGGCACACCCCAUCUGGGCGCAGCCACCCGUCCACCCCCCCUCACCCCCUUAGUCCUGCCAGGGCCUCUGGCAGGAACGCAGCGCCUCCCGCUCGUGGCCCCAGGAAUUUAAAAUGCAGCUCAUGGCUCUGGACCACCCUGGUGUUUAUUAUUAUAAUGUUAAAUUAGAAGUUGUCCGGGUGCCCGCUGUUUGCGGUGCUUUUUCCAGUUUCCGCAAGAGGGAAGAGAGUAGCUUAGAGCCGGUGCGGACCCCGCCCCUCCUCCGCCAAGCUGACCCCUCACACCUGACUCACAGGCCCCAGGGCAUGGGGGGAAGGGGGCGACUGGGUUUGGGGGGCGGGCCAGGCAGCCUGAGGUGGCAGAGGAGAGAGGCUGUGGUGGCUCAACUGACCUCAGUCGGACUGGCCUGGGGGUGGCGCGCCCAGGCAGCCCAGGAGCGUCUGGGGUGGCCACCUCGCCCCACCCCCACCACAUCCCUUCAGGCAGGACUUUGCUGGCAAGUGUGCUGUCUGCCACAUGAGGGCAGGGUGGGAGCAGUGCACGGAAGAGCUCACACAUCCACUGCACGCGCAGACAGGCACUGUCAUCACUGUUCUACCCCCUUUCAAAUUACUUAUUUAAAAGUGACAAAGUAAUAGUGUUCACAGAGUAUGUUCCAGCCUAGCAGAGGGCCCGGGGAGGUCUGUCUGGCUGAGUCAUUCCCCCUCGGCUGGUCACUCGCUGCCCCGGGACUGACUCAGGAGGCUGAGGGUGGUGCCAUCCCCUGGCAUCUCCCAGACAGAAGCCAGACUGAAGGGCCCCCCCCACCUUCCAUCUCACCCAUUAGUUUCUGCUGCUGCUGCUUUUUUUUUUUUAAAGAAUAAAAGAUUCCCCCAGAGGCCUCAUGGCCUAAAGACUCACAAUCAUCCACCUGCAAUUUAUGAUAAACGUCUCACAAAUUUACCAUUUGCAUCUGAGUAUUUAUAGCUCUGAGCCCGAAAGGGGAGGGGCAAGAGGAGGUGGAGUAAGAGGUGGGAGGAGAGGCCGCAGGGACCACACACCUGUCCCACUCGGUUUCCCGCUGUCACCGUAGCUAAGGCAGCGGAGCGAUGCCAUCUGUGGAGCCGAGAGCCACAGACAGGCCUCUGGUCCAUCUAGUGGCCGGGGCCUGGCCCUGGGCCCAGGAUCAGUGGUGUGGCUGUUAGAAUCCAUCUCACCAGACAACAUUCCUGCCAUGGGGGCCCCCUGGGCCCCAGGACAGUGAGUGAGGGGGUGGGCCGGACUGGCCUGUUGCAGCCACCAUGCACCCUCAGCGGCCUGGGUACAGGGGCAGGCUGGUUCCACCCGAGGUGCCUGGGUUCCCCUCCAUGCACAUCCUCCAGUUCAGCUUCUACAGCAUGUCCCUUCCAAGAGCUGUCCCCAGUGAUGGGGUCUGCUGGCCCCCAUCAGAGUUCCCAGAUGGUGGGCAGAGCAUCAAUGGGGGGGGGGCAGGCCCGGGACGGCGGGGGGUUGGGGAGCACAGCUGCUGGUCUCAGGCAACUGAGGACUGACCAGGCAGUGCUCCCCAGGGUCUCAAGUCCCCGACUCCCUCAAACAAGCACCUUUCAGUGGCCUGAGGUACAGCGUCCACUCUGAGGACCAGCUGGGAGUUUCCCUGCCAGGGCGUCCCCUGCCCUAUGCUCAGUCGCCACCCCAUCGCCAGCACGUGGAAAAGCCAGAAAAGAGUGAGCCCGAGGCUCAACCUCGGCAGCCAACCCCAGGUUGGCCCCUGGCUACUCCGGCCAAAACUCUGUGUGUCCCGAAUUCACCAGAGAACUCGAGCGUCCUCUGCCUUUGGAACUCUGGGCCCACAGAGGCUGGUGGGUGGGGACCCCGCUCCCGUGUCUGGGGCUUGGCCGGAGGCUGGGCCGGCAGGGCAGUGGCUGCCUCGGCCAUCUGCAGGGCUCUGGGAGCUUUGUCGCUGAGGAGGACCAGAGGUCAGUCCUGCUGUUUGGAAUAUACAUUCAUUUGUGGGCAGGAUGUGACUUGUCCCUCAUUUUGCAGAGCAACCUAUGUGAGCAAAUAUACAGUGUUUGUGUCCAGAGCACCCCCCAAGUCUGUGUCAGGCCGAUGUUCGGGUUUCCUAAGAGUAAUAAAGUCGUGACUUCCUGUG